CACAUCCCUGACCCAUUUCGCAGUUUCACCCGUUGCUGCACACGGGCGACUCCCGUUCCUCCUUGCAAGAGAUCCCUGCCUAUUUCUAUCAAGCCGCAGCGGCGGCAGCAAUACCAGGAGGAACCUCCCCUGCUCCAGCCUCCCCCGCCCUACUAAAUUGGGAACCACACGCUUCCUAUUCCCGCUGGAGAAGCAGGCGAGCAAAGGAGCGAGCGGCGGAGCGAGCGCGGGAAGGGCUCCCCCGAUGGUCUGAGGGGAGCCAGAAAGCGCCAAGCGGCGCCUUAGCAGGUUUCCCUCCUGGCUAAGGUGGGGGCGGAUGAAGCGCUGCUUGGGAGGAUGCCCCCCUCUUGCCUCCGGGGCAGCAACUUUCAAGCCAAGGAACCCCUGCUGGAGCCAGCGCGCUUGCAACUUCAUGCCCCACGAGAAGCCAGUGCCAGCAGCAGCAGCAGACCCGCAGCAGACCCGCAGUUCUCCGUCUCCCUUCUCGGGAGGCUCCUGGCCACUUCUGCCUCCCUGCCGAGCCUUUUCCCCCGCCAGCCUCAGGACUGUGUUUGCGCUGAGGGGAAGCGGGAGCCCGGCACGCGGAGUCCCCUCACACCAUGAGAUACAACCGGGGGAGGUGCCACAGCAGUAGCACCAACACUGCCACCACUAGCACCGGACCCAACAGAGAAGCAGCGUCGGACCCACAUUCCCCCGCCGCUUUGGCGUGUACGAGGGAGAGUUUGUCCGGCCUCUGGCACGAGUGGAAGAGCAACAGCAGCCCUAGGGAAAGAGGCCGAAGCCAGCUUGAAGGCGGAGGCGGCGGCAGUGGCAGCAGCCGGCGCGCACAGGUCGCUACCGCGGACAGCAGCAGCAGCAUCUGGCGCGUUCUGGCCUCGCGCGCCCACCUCUCUCAAUACAGGCACUUCAGAAAAAGUUGCUUGGACAAUCUAAUGGAUGAGAAUGAAAAAGACAGGGCAAAGAGGGCAUCACGUAACAAGUCCGAAAAGAAGAGGCGCGACCAGUUCAAUAUUCUUAUCAAGGAGCUUAGCUCAAUGCUUCCAGGAAACACCCGUAAAAUGGACAAAACUACAGUACUUGAAAAAGUAAUUGGCUUUCUUCAGAAACACAAUGAAUUCUCAACAGAAACAGAGAUUUGUGAUACUCAGCAGGAGUGGAAGCCUUCCUUUCUCAGCAAUGAAGAAUUCACACAGCUGAUGUUGGAGGCAUUAGAUGGGUUUGUAAUAGCUGUUACCACAGAUGGAAGCAUCAUGUAUGUUUCUGACAAUAUCACACCUCUUCUUGGGCAUUUACCGUCUGAUGUAAUGGAUCAGAAUAUAUUAAAUUUCCUCCCAGAACAAGAACAUUCAGACAUUCAUAAAAUAUUGUCAUCUCAUAUGCUUCUGAUGGAUACUGUCUCAUCAGAUUACUUAAAAUCUGAUGAUGAUUUGGAAUUUUGCUGUCAUCUUCUGAGAGGAAGUCUGAACCCAAAGGAAUUUCCAACAUACGAAUAUAUAAAAUUUGUAGGGAGCUUUCUGUCUUACAGUCAUGUGCCUAUAUCCACUUGUAGUGGCUUUGAUGGUGCUGUUCCAAGGGGUUACAGAACACCACUAGGAAAACAAGUCUGCUUUGUUGCUACUGUUCGACUGGCAACACCUCAGUUUUUAAAGGAAAUGUGCAUAGCUGAAGAACCUUUAGAGGAAUUCACUUCAAGACAUAGUUUGGAAUGGAAAAUUUUAUUUCUAGAUCACAGAGCACCACCAAUUAUAGGAUAUUUGCCUUUUGAAGUGCUGGGUACGUCUGGAUAUGAUUACUAUCAUAUAGAUGAUCUACAUCUCUUGGCACAGUGCCAUGAACACUUGAUGCGGUUUGGCAAAGGGAAGUCUUGCUGCUAUCGGUUUCUGACCAAAGGACAGCAGUGGAUCUGGCUGCAAACACAUUACUAUAUCACCUACCACCAGUGGAACUCCAAACCAGAAUUCAUUGUAUGCACCCACACAGUAGUGAGUUAUGCAGGUGUUCGAGUGGAAAGGCAACGAAAUUUGAUCUUGGAAAACACACCUUCAGAGAUAAUCUCUUCAAUACUAAAGGACAGUGGCUCAGAUUUGGAUCCUCAACAGCACUUUAAUACUCUUGAAUUAGACGCAUCAAUUCUCAACACCAGUUGGACUCUUUCUGUGUCAUCUCAGGGCUCACACAAAUCUUUGUCUAUGUCCUUACCUGACACAGCAACCACCACAACAAAACUUAACACAGAGUCUCACUCAUUGCAAAGAAGCCCCACUAUACAGGAGGACUUACCAAUACAGAGAUCCAGCCAACCUGCCACUGCUCAGCUCUCAGCCCAGUUCAACGUGUUCCAAACUAUCAAAGACCAGCUUGAGCAGCGAACGAGAAUACUGCAAGCCAAUAUUCAGUGGCAGCAGGAAGAGCUACAGAAAAUCCAGGAACAGCUCUCUAUCGUGCAGGAUUCCAACAUACAGAUGUUUUUACCACAGCCAUCAGCACCUCUGAAUUUGGGCAGCAUACAGCAGCCAGAAGCUCAGAGGCAGUCAGUGGCUGAUUCACAGCAGCAAGCUGUGCCAAGGCCUCACCUGCAAGGGCAGGUUGCAGCUCCUCAAACAACAGACCAAGAAAUGUUAAGAGAAGAAAAUGUGCUAUCAAGCCAGGAUCAGAAAUCAGUAAGAACUUCACAAGGAAUGCAGGAUAGCUGUCAAUCUCCCAGCAACUUAAGUAUACAAUUUAGCAAUGCCUCAGUUCUUCCACCGCCUUUGAGCAUAGCUCCACCUGAUGCCAUUCUGCAGGAUAGCAACCGCCAGCACAAUACUACAGAUUUCAGUCAUGAUCGACAGCUGAGACUAUUACUCAGUCAGCCUAUUCAGCCAAUGAUGCCUGGUUCCUGUUAUGCAAGGCAGACAACACAUGUUGAUGUGACUGGACAGCAAGCUAAAUACUCUCAAAGUCUACAAAAGUUCCAAAAUUUGGAAGAGCAAACCUCUGGAAGCAGUGCACCUAUAGUGCUGAUGGGACAAGCAGUAUUGCACCCUGGGUUCUCUGCAGCACAGCCAUCUCAGGCUUCAUCUUUACAACCUAUGCAUCAACAUCAGCAGCAAUGCUACCUGCAGGUGGGCUGCAACAGAACUGACAGCACCUAAUGGGUCUGCAGGCCUUUUGCACACUGAGCAGACAGAUUCUUUGCUUUUGCCUUCCUACUCUCAACAUGAAGGAAGUGUAGAGUACCAUCUUGUGCAAUCACAGCAACAGCAGCAACCUGAUGUCAGGAGAACCAUCAACUUGCCUGAAUCCUCAGACAUGCAAUGUCUACAGUAGAAUCCGCCAUCGCAAUCAGGACAUAUUUAGCUUUAUUUAAUGGUAGUUGGGCAGAGGGGAAGAGCGGUGUUUGCAUAUGUGUUCAUUUCAGAGUUUUGUGAUGUAAAGAAAUUACCAAGUGCAGACUUCAGUGGAUAGUGCAAUAGGAAAAAAGUGGGAAUCAUUUUGCAGAUGUUUGCACUAUUUUGUGACUAUGUUAUGUAUAGUAAUACUAAUACAUACCCUCAUGUGCAAACUGGUAUGUGUCAGUAGAAUAUUCUUCUGAAUAUUUUGACGAGAGUAUUCUGGAUAUUCCAAAUAAGUGGAUAUGAGUUACUUGGCCUUCACUAUUUUGAGCUUUUGAAUAUGAAAAGCACUGGUUCAGAUACAUCUAUUGAGAGAGAGAUUAUUUUUAUUAUUAUUAUUAUUUUGCACAACUGCACAAAAGGCAUAACCUAGCACUUUCAGUAAACAAACAUUUAUUCCAGUGGCCACAGAAGCAGGUCCAGUAAGAUAGAACAUGUUAUCAUUUAUUUAAACAAAAAACACCCUGCAGUUUAUAGCCCUUGGACUUAUAACCUGAAAGUAUUGCACUUGUUACCUCUCCCUUUUGCUAUUUCUAAUGUUUCAAAGAAAUUACACUGUACAUUUUCCUAUUUACUUAGUGAACUUCAACUAUAAACAGUGAACCUAAGCACAUUUAUUAAACUGUUAUUCUAAUGUCUAGUCAUGCUCUUUAAAUCUCUUCUACUAACUGAAUAGCCCCCUCACAACUGUUCAUAGAACAAGCAUCUGAAGAAUAUGCACUGUGUUACAGCCCAUUAAGUGGAAAAAUGCUGUAACUAUAUGACAUAUCUCUUUCACUAUCACGUUUGUAUUUUCCUCCAAAGCAUUGCACUUUUGUAUGCUUUAUUUUGACGUUUCUAAGAAAGAUUGUACGUAAUUAUACAAGUAGCAUAAAAAAGCUGUAGUAAACAAAACAAAACACCCAACUCUGACCUAUUUCUGUAUAAAAUAAAA